AUCCAUAGCAUUUGCAAACCAAAACCAAACACAUCAAAGGGAGAGAUAGAGAGAGAAAAUGGCAGGAAUUAUCCACAAAAUCGAGGAGAAACUUGGCAUGGGAGGAAACAAGGAUGGUGAGCACAAGGGUCAGAGUCACGACGAACACAAGAAGCCCGAUGAGCACAAGAAGACCGAUGAACACAAAGAAGGGAUAGUGGACAAGAUCAAGGACAAGAUCCACGGAGAAGGUCACAGCCAAGACGGCCAUGGCGAGGAGAAGAAGAAGAAGAAGAAGGAGAAGAAGCACCACGAGGAUGGUCACCACAGCAGCAGCAGCGACAGUGACAGCGAUUAGGUAAUGGAGAAGGAUGAAGUAAAAAUAAAACAGACCUCCUGCUUCUUCUGAGUGUCUGCUUUAAUUUCCUACAAUGUUGCUUCUGCUGUCUUCCAUGUAUCUUGUCUUUAUGCUAUUGUAAUGAAAAUAAGGUUAACUUUAUAUCUUUUUAGA